UUUUCUUCGUAUUUAAUUGCAGGUUUUCAGAAAAACAUUUUAAGAAAGAGCACGUAACUCAAAAACAUCACAGAAGGGUUGUAAGAAAACAAUUUCGCGGGCUCGAACAAAGAAACUGGCUUUACUUGGGAAUCAAUGCAAAAAGGAAAGAGGAAGAAAUUAAAACGUGAUAGGGAGAAGUGUUAGAACAUUUCCUUCAAAGGAAGAAUCUAAGAAGAGAGAUCAGUGGUGGCAAGGAGAUUGAAAAAAAGGGAAAUCAAAGCAAAUUGUAAGUGAGAUGGUUGUUGAUUUGAAAAUACAAAACCUUUUGUCUAACGGAGAGGAAAAAAAGCCAAUUUAAAGAUGAUCUAACUGACGACGAGAAAACUUGGCAAUUUUCCCUCGAGAAACUGUAAUGCUUUGGUCCACAAUUAACCGUAGCUCAUGGCACGAUUGAAAAGUUUUAUCUUUCAGGGGUGUUCUAGGUAUUAUUUUAAUAAUACAUUUACCUACUAUCGUUAGUUUGAUCUAAUUGUGCGGAACACGACUAAAGGGCACGAGAGAUGUAAGUCUGAGGUGCAUUUAAAAAUAUAAAGAUGCAAUAAAAAUGUACCUCGUUCCUUACUAGGUAUUUUGAGAACGGUGAGUGCGUAAAUAUAAUCAAAAUAAACCACUUUAAUGAUGUUGAUAGUUUCCAACACAAUGCGCAGAAUCACGAACUGAGGGCGCUUUCCAUUUGCUGUAAGUGAUCGUCCAAAAUCGGAAUCGCUUUCGGUAGUUUACCCCCAUUUCAGUAAAUGUUCAUCUGAACUGGAAAUACAAUCAGGCGCCUGCUCUGCCAAUUGGACUGAAUCUAAUAUGCUUUGUUAUUUAUCGGCUUUACAUUUGAUUACAAUCAGUGAUUUCUUUAAACUGAAUACAACCCCUAAGUGCUACUAAUGAGAAUCUCGUGGUGAGGUAAAAAUGAAUUGCUAAUUCUUUCGAGAGCUUAUCGAAUGGGUGUCGAAAUCCAAUCCUCAUCAAAGGAUUUCAUAAUGUGUAUCGAUUCGUAAGUGGUUGAGGGAACAGAUGACCUACUGGUGAAAGCAACUGUACGAAAAAGGAAGCCCAUCGGCAAAGAGGCGUGAAGCACUCCUCCUUUUUUAAUAGAAGUCCAGACCACGUGAUUGAUGCGCUAUUGUUAUUCUUUUUACAGCGAUGUAGGUUCUCGAUCCCACAAUGCACUUGUCGAUUUGGUGCUUGGCUACCGUUGUUCUUCUUUUGUUUCUUGCAGUACAAUAUGGGGACGGUAAGUUACAACUUUUGAUUUUUGGUCUGCUGUCUGCCUUUAUUUCAUUUCAAAUUUUAAAAGAGGAUUAAUUUUCUUCCAUCCUCAGGCAAAUCGGGAGCCAUUCAAGAAAAAGAUUUGCCCGAUGGCGAAGAGGAGAAGGAGUCUCAAAGGGUGAGAAUUUGCUUUUGGUGUCAUCGUAUUUACUAGAAACGCAGUUGAAAUUGAAAGGUUUUGUCCCGCUAACUCAGUUCGUUCAUAAGCUAAGACAGGGAAAAAAUAAAAAAUUUCAACAGGAAAAGGCCUUUAUUGUACAGCGCAUCGCACAGCGCAUCGCACAGCAAUAAUUAUGUAAAUCUGUCCGUUCAUUAAACCUUUAGCUAAAGCCAACCCUCAAACCAGAGGCAGCGUCCUAAUUCAUGAAUAACAUGUUUGCCUCAUUUAUUUGUUCCCAGUCCGAAAUCCCGCGACAUCACCGCAGUCGUGAGGCUCACAGCCGUCAUAACAGGAGGGCCGAGCGCGGUCGUUACCGCUCAGUCUUAGCCGUCGGCGUUGGCUGUGCAGUGGCAGGCGGCUGGAUUUGCUUAGCGACUGUGGUUUAUGUCGUGCGAUAUCUUCGCGCCAAAAAGGAUGCGGCUACACGUGACUCCCCUGAUGACCUGUUGUGAUUAGUCAUGGAAGACAAGUUAUCAUUCGAAUGAUUCAUUGGAUGGAAUGUAGCGGAGAAUUAAUACGAUUUAAUGAAAAUAAUGUAUCAUUCACUGGUGUCGGGGAGGUUCUUACCUCAAAAGAGCUUGAACUUUAAAUUAUUAGUUUAUUCUUCCGCUUUGAAGAAAGCAUUCUUGUGUCCUUAAAUUAAAAAAAAAGUAUAAAUAUGGUCUUGAUGAGGUGGUGAAGUUGUCGAAAAUUGAAGAAACUCGUCUCAGUCGGUAAUAAUACUUUGCUUUAAAUUUCAGUAUCGAUUCUUUAUUGUAUUUGUAUGAAUGGCUGUAUAACUGCAUCGAUUUUUCGUUUAAUUUGAAAUUCACGAAUCAGUCAAAGUCACAGAUGACAUGGUUUGUCCAUUGUGUGAAAAUGAUUUUAAAAUGCUCAAGCCUGGAGGUGUUCUUAUUUUGUUUCAGAUAUCUUCAUGUUAUAAAUAGGUGAUGGUUUGAUCGAAAAUUUAUAUAUUACAUUAAUAUAAUUAAAUAUGCAUUUGAUAAUUGAAGUAAAGUAGCGGCGCAAAUGUGGACCGUUGCGCUGUUUCGUUUAUAAUGAGCUAAACUUUAUAUUAAGAGAAAUAAGACGUUGCAGAUCAAAUUGAAAUGAAACUGAAGAACUUUGUGCUUAAUGAUCGCAAAAACCUCAAGACAAAGAACAAUUCAGUAUUGUAUAUUUGUAGUUAUGCGAUAUUUACGUUUAUAAGUGAACGGAGAAGUAAACAUCGAAAGAAAAAUAGUCUAUUCCUGAGUUUUUUUUGGAACACCUUAAUCCCUAAACAUUGUCUCUGGUCUCGAUGUCCGCGUGAAGUCUGGGGUAAGGUAAGCAAGUCUCUAACUGUAGCGUCACUAUCUAAUGUGGGGUCCAGAGUCUUGUUCAGUCGUCAGAGCGCUAAGGAACCGGUCACCAGCUAUCGUCUGAGAAGGGGUGGGAGGGGUGGGAGGGUUUGGAGGAUUUUGAUCGUGUCACAAUAAAAUUUACCUGAUCCCCUAAGGCUGUGCAGUAUUCUAAUACCCUUCCCUCCCCCCUCCCCGCAUCCUCUUAUUGGCAGUCAAUUUUCUAUAGUCACCCCUUCAUACUCUCUUAGCGACGACUGUUCCCCACCCGUUCCUACCAGAAACGAUGUAACCCCCUCCCAGAAAAAAUCCCUUAAAAACCCCCCCUCUCCCUCCGGAGAUAAAUAUUAACUGCUCCUUAGAGGACCCAGGUAAAGGACCAAGCUGGUGUUGUACCUAUAACUUGUAGGCUGCGCAGACCCGUCCCCUCCCUUUGAGUAGGAAGGACGGAUGUACACAGGGUCAUCACAUGAAAUAUUAUACGAGUAUGUCAGCCAAAUUAAGAUUUUGUUUAAAUAAUUCUUUUCGUCAUGGCUCAGUCAAUCUUCUCAACAAACUGGAGCCCCCCAAGCUCCUCAACCAAUAAGUGCGAAAGGCGACACCGAUUGACGACCUGGCCACUUGCAUUUCUCGGGAUUACUCCCUCAGUAGAGGUUGAAACCAGGGUUCAACCCUUUUACAGAGUGUGGAUCGGAGUCAAAACCGAGGGAAAAAAUGCAACUAUCCGAACAGAUGACCAAAACAGCCAAGACAAGCAUAAAAGAGUGCUAACUCGUUGAAUAUACACACAUGUUUUCAAACACCUGUUGCCAUAGAGAUCAGAAGUGUUACUUUGCAACAUUCCCUACAUUAGUCCUUGGCUUGAUGAAGGUCUACAGAGCCUGGUGUUUAAUCAGACAGUAUGCCUGAAUGAAUCUGACUUACUGCAUACGUAGCGACUUUCCUUAUCAUCGAAUGAGUUCACCCAAGACACUAAUUGCUCUAUCUACAAAAGGCGAUAUUGCAUACACGAUUACUGCAACAUGUCACCCAUAGAACAAUGUUACUGUCAUAACAUACCCGUCGUCACUGACAGGUACUAUUAAGCCCCCCUUACUACGCAUGUGUUAGCUUCGAUUCAUAAGUAAUGGUCUCUAGGGAGAAGAGUGACUUCAUCUUCGACUAACACUCCAGAAACUGCGGUCUUUUUCGGUAAGUAAAUGCCGGUAAGGCUUGGGUUUUUUUUGUACAAUUUUACUAAUUGUAAAGCACUGCUCUUGAAUUCGUGCAAAACUUUAUGUGGAAGUAUGACAAUUUUUGUCAACAUAGGCAAGUAGUUUAUUUUGAGUGGCAUUUUAGUGCUGGAUUGUCCGAAAGGAAAUUCCAAACCUUAUCAUACGAUAUUUAAGAUAUACCAUGUAUCUUUUGACAAAGAAAAGAGAAACAGAUCGAAAAAUGUAUUGAUAUACCACAACCUCUGAAAUGGAAAUAGUUUUGACAUAGACAAGAACAUUUCAUGUGUUGUUCUGGUGCCAUAUUCACGGUUUGUUGUACAACUACAGGCCGUUUAUGGAUGUUGAAGUCGGUGCUCUUCGAUCGCUUUAAGUCUCUUGAUGUUUUAAAAGCCUUACUCAGAUAACAACUAUGAGACAUCUAAAUUUUUAACUGCUUCGUUAAUUAAAAGACUUUAAAAUCUGUAGAAUAGAUGACAUGUAUGUCUGUUCCGGAAUGCUGAUCACAAACAUCCCUCAGGGAAUCUCAAAACAGAGUUUAUUGACCUGUUUAAGUCGGCGUGAAAUGAGACUCGAAUGUGAUCCCGUACUAAAUUCUUUCCGUGGCCGGUGUUGUCAUCUUUGACGUACACAAAGAAGUCGUUUCACUUCUAGGCAAGAUUAAAGGUUUUACGCAUUGCAACCGUGGAGGUCCUGGCGUUCCUCCUUUUCUUGUUCAAGAAAAUUAUUUUUCUUAAGAAAAGAAGAUUCAGGAACCUAGUUACCCAUCACUCCCUGAUCAUGAACUGUACCCGGUUUCGCAAGUGUGGCGUGGAACUGCUGAGAGGAUUCUUACUCGUCGUGGCCAUAACAGUAGGUCACCCCCACAGCUUUCAAGGUUUCCUGGAAGUUUACUGGUACCUAUCUAAAGGACUGUGAAGUUAGGAAUAGUGCCCAUGUGGAACAUAAAACGAUGUUUCAGUAGGGGCCCUACUGAUCCGAACACCAAUGUGCAAACCGUCAGAAAGACAGCGUACCUCUCAUCACCGCACGAAAGUCGGAAUUUUCGCGAUGGAAUGUCUAAAAUGGGUUGAUGUACUGAAAGAAAUUAUAAGUUCAUUUCGUUUUUCAAUGUGAUGACCCAGUCUACAACUACAAAUCAUCGGUCGCAUUUAGGGACAGUUGUACAUUUUCUAGAAAGAAAGGCAUGAUUGAAAAUAAGAUAGGAUCACUAUGUUGAGGAUAAUUUGAAUGGCAUCUAUUGGGUCCUUUUGAAAUUAACCGUGAAGAAAUUCUCUUUCCAACUCACACUUACUAGGUGGAAAUAAUAUUGUUUAUACAGUUUAACAAGAAACAGAAGUUUUACCGGCCUUGUAGCCAGCUAUGUGCUAAAUCAACGAGACGAAGGAAGAGACUGGGGAGAGUUGGCAAUCGGAAAGAUAGAGACUGUACUAAUUGCUGUCCGCAGAACAUGGCUGACCAAUCUGGUGUGCUGUUUGUUAAGUUUUUUAAAUUGUUUUAAUCGUUUUCUUCUUUUUCUGAACAAUAGGUGGGAAAAAAUCGAAGAUAUGGAGUGCGCUUUAAAUCUUGUGUUAUUAUUUCUGCUUUCGCUAUGCAGUAUAGUAGGUGAGAUAAGACAAAUUAUUGUGCGUUGUUUUCUCUUCGCAAUGGAGGUAAAGGUUAUGCCUCAGUGAUACAUCUGUGAAUUGUCUCUUUUGGUAGCCUUUCUCAACGCCAUUAUUUUUUAGAGUCUUUCUCUACUACAAUUACUUCUUAAUGAUAAACAAACCUAAUAUUUUACUUAUGCUGGAGAUAAUGUUUUUAAUGUGUCAUGAAAAUGAUGGCUAACCUAGAUUAUUAGACAUAUGAGAGAAGAGGUAAAUUUUGAUUCUCCUUGCCAACAGCGAUACGUUUCUUGAAUUUCAGUUUUUUUGAAUCAAGUAUUAAUCCAUCAAUCGAUCAUUCUUUUCAUCACAUAUCUGUUAGAAAGUGCGGUUAUGGUGUUAGGUUAUGUAUGUUGACCCACACAUAGCUGCAUUGAUUUUCCAUGUUAGUUUUAGACGCAAAACUCGAAUUGAUCUCAUCUGACAAGACACCAUGUAGGAAAAGUUCAGUGAAUUACAAUGUGACCCUCAGUAAGGGCGCCAAGGCUGGAAAGUACUACAAGAUGGUUGGAAUUAAAGAGAUGGACGGAUGCGUAAAACACUGUUGUGGAUCGAAGAGAUGCGACGUUGCUUUUAUGGUCAACAAAAAUUGUUAUUUAGUCAAGUGUCACAAUUCUGACUCAUGUGACCUCAAGAAGUCUGAUAAUCCCAAAUUUGACACGAUGCUUUCAAUGGUCUCGCAAACAAAACUAAAAGAGGCUAAAGGUAAGAAGGUUUUCAUCAAUUCAAACACUUUCCAAAAAAAGAUGAAUUAGCUUUACAAGUAACACGAUAAAGUAGCGAUGAUGAUGAUGACGAUAUUAUAAUGAUGAUAGUAAUACCGAUGAUAGCAUCACCGUUAUAAGUAUAGUAUGCGUUAUUGCGUUAAACAAGCCCAUACCUGGCCAAUUGACCGACCAGACUUGGUCCAAAAUAUCUAAUCAAAACUGUUUAAAAAUGUGUUACACUAUGGUUAGGGAGAAACAAACUGCAGGGCGCCAGCACCACGCAUAGCACCGAGGUCUAGACCUGACCUUUUCAGUCUCUAACAGCUGUUCAUCUACUAACAGCGGAUUUUCUCUUUGAUAUUCUCUGGCUGACUAUGACUCUUACUCUUUUUCUAAACAACUGAUUGACUCUUAAUCUCUGAUUCUGAGCUCUGUGAUACUUGCUUUCAUAUUCACCAUCGGUAAGCAUGGAAGAUUAAACAUUUGAUGUCAGAAAAAUAACCCAAACAUUUUCACGGCAAUCUUACUUAUGAAACACUCGUUGAAUGUAAAGGCAAAGAGGACAACCUAAGUGCGGAUCUAAGGCAAGGUGGGGAGACCAACUGAUUGUAGUUGAACAAGACAGUCAAAAUUAGAAAUGUCAUCAUGAUAAUUAGACUCAAGUGACUUCGGAGUGUGAAUUUUAAUCUUAACUAAAUGCUAGAUAUAAAAAAAUCACUAAAAUCAUGACUUAGUAACUGAAUACUUCACAACAAAUGACACCAAAUUUGUUGUUAAACACAGGAGAGGGUAAGGGGGAACCUGCCCUUGAAGAAAACCUUCAAGAAAAAGCUUCUGGGAUUGAAACCACGGAACCUUUCAUUGUUGAAAACCCAGAUGACGACAUGACCACAGUGACAGCUUUUGGGGUAGGUUAGAUGAUUGUGUCUACAUAAAUUGUUGUUAUACGAGGGUCUCAAUGGGGUGGGGUCAUUGACAGCAGUGCUUAAAAGGCUUCUUAUAAACAAGCGGUUUAGACUGUAAUCGGUAAAAUGUUUGGAUAUUUCAUUGUUGGUCUUCGGAAUAAAAAUUUUUGAAACAAGGAAUUAUGUUGAUCGCAAAAUUUACCUGAAUACACAUGUAACCACCAUAAAUAUUAUCCUACUCCAGAGUCCAGCUUUAAAUCACCAACAAUAUCAACAAAUUACAAAAACCACAAAUAUAAUUCAAAAUUUCCUGCAAGCAUCGAAGGCUCAGUGAAUCGCAAAUCACUAGAGGCCGAACCAGUUCCAAGUGAUAUAAGGCGCACCUUGCCUACAUUGUUUGUUCAUAUUAAGGAGUACCUAUGGGACUUGUAGGCUAAUUUUAACUGGCUUUAUUGCUUAUGGUUAAUGAAAAUCUCGCAUUUUCGACGCUUAGCGAAAGGCUCAAACAGAGAAAAUCCAAGAGAACGUUUUUUAGAGCACACAUUUCGUCCAUAGCUUUUAUGUAUCUUCACAAAACCUGCAUUGUAAUGCGUCAUAAAAAAGCGAAAUUUUCGUUCAGUCUUCGUUCAAUACACAUUGUGAUUCUAUUUACGUGAAUACAAAAACUAAAGUUUCUGUAUGUAUUUUUAGACUGGCAAAACCAAACGAACUAAGCGUUCUUCUGAUAUAAUCGACAUGGUGGUGGCAAUUGGUUGCGGGACGGUGGCUGUUGCAGUAGGUGUGGCUGGCGUAAUUGUGAUGACAAGACGUUUGAUUGACAACAACAAAGCGGAAACUUCAAGCUGAGGGAGAAAAAAUACUAACCUUUUUCUCGAGCUCAAAGGACUACAGUCAUCAGAAUCUUUACCUAGUUUACUGCAAUUUCUGGCCGGUAGGAAACGCAAUCCUGAGUAGAUUUCAUUUGCAAAGCUGGCCACAGGUGCUAUAAGAAAGAAAAUGGAAAAUCCAUGAUUUCCCGGAAGACUGACCUGCUGUCAGGUGACAUUUAUUUGGACGAUUUUACCGUAAACCAGCUUUCAUCAAUGUUUUUUGUGGGACCACAUGGUCCCAGUCUGGUCAGAACGGCUUUUAAAGGGAUUAUUAGGGCCUAACAGGAGCUUUAGCACAGACCUUCUCCAAACACAAAUGGUUACCGGAAGGCGCAAAAAGCAAACCAUCUAUCGCUUUGACCUGAUGUAUUCAAUACGAAAAGUGUUGUUAAAAACGGUAAAUCUAUACUGCGCACCACGGGAAAGAGUAUUUACUUUUGAGCCAUAUUCUUGGCUGGAAAAUAUCUAGUCAUUUUGCUCUCAGGUAAUGAAAUUUGCGGGCCUUGAUUGUGCUCCUGUAAAGAGACGUUAGUGUCAAAGUGGGAAAAGAAUUGUUUUUCGCAACAAAUAUAUUUUUGUAAAGCGUAUUUAAAAUAUAUUGAUUUGUAUAAACUCCUCAAUAAGUUAGUUUCAUUCUAGAAAUAGCGCGCAACUCUCAACAUUUAUUUACUGCGCGUAAUUUUUACUGGCCAAACAAACAUUCAGCUGGCUUUACAUUUAUGCCAAGAAUUACUUUGGGAUACAAAUCGAGAUUCGUAGAAGCUUUAACAGUUAAUUUGAAAGAUAAAUCGCAUCUCUUUUUCUCUUUGUAAUUCUAGGACACAACAACGUAGAUACAGCGACUUUUUAUGAAUAGAUUAUUCCAGUAAUGGUCAAAUUUAAAAUUUGAAAGGCUCCAAGAGCAGACAAGGUUUUCCAACAAGGAUUUCCUGUUUUAUACCGGACUGAAACCGGCUUUUGGCCAUGGGACAAAUCUCGUUAUCCACCAACUCUCUGAGGAGUCUGGAUCCCCCUUCCCGUUAGUGAAACCUGUGGGGUUUUUUGGUAUUUGUCUAACCCCAAAAUUCUUGCAACAAGAAGACCACGUGCUACUACUCCAUUUGAAGUAUUCUAAAUCUAUGUAUCUUGAAAGAUAUUUUCGGCUUCUCAAGGCUGUUGUGUGGCUUAACAUAUUCCUAAUCGUUCCUUUAUUAACGAAAAAAUGUACAAGCAGAUAUCAAACGAAGCUAUUUUUAUAGGUGGAGAAUAAAUAAUGAUUAAAAAUGGUAUGAUCGAAGCUUACUGAUCCACAGGCGGCCUAAGCUCCAGCUGUGAAAUGAUCAUCUUGCGAAAUACAAGUCAUGGCGUUUGUAUGAAUAUUUACGACCGCUCUAAGGGAUUAAAAAAAAUGCAGUCAAAUUCCCAAUAAAAAUAUCUUACCUUACUUCCAAAGUGCGUCGCUUGUUAUCUGAACGCUUACUAUGUUGAAAAGAAGCCAUUUCAGCGACUUAUCUAAUUCUAGGUUUACUACCCAUAUGGGAAGCCCAAGGCUGCACACUCUAUUUGCGAACGCCUGAUCCGAGAAGCGAAACAUCCAAGCUCAAAAUGACCAGGCGGCCACAAAUCCAACGCAGAAUCCAAGCACAUAUAUCGCAGUUUCAUUUCAAUUCAUUACCAACUCAAUCCUCCCCGAGAAACUUACGCUAAGCCGAAGUUUGCUUCCAAAAUUUCCAGUUUAGACGUUUCUAACAACCCCCGUUCACAUUCGCCACGACACACGACCGUUGAAAUCCAGCUGGUAACCUUGCCUUUGCAAAUUGAGCCUCCUCGGGGACCACACCGUCACGCAACAUGAACAAAUUGUUCAAGAAUCACGGGUGCCAAGUAACGGGUGCCAAGUGACGAAAGAUGAUCGUCUCACAGCUGGAGCUUGGGCCGCCUGUGACUGAUCCAAGUGAACGGAGAAUGAAAUGAAAUGACGAGAUGGGCAUAAUCGGAGAAUUUGAUUUCCGAGGGCUCUAAAAACAGUAAGUGAACUUCGAUCUUAUUCCAUGCUUUAUGUCGUGUAUUAAACGACAAUGGACGAGGUCUACGGAAGAAUAGCAAACACUACCAUCAAGAGGCAUGAUAAUCUUCUUUCAUUCUAAUCGUUUGUUAAUGUGUCAUUGAAAAGAUUGCGCCAAUUUCUUUUCCCUUUGUUAGUCAAGCGAGUUUUUGCGCACAAAAAGUUAAUACCGAAUAGUUUCCUUACGGAAAUUUAAUCCAGAAAUUGUACAUUUUUCUCAACCAAUGAAAACUACUUGUAAAGAUAAACCACCUCUGACGGUCUGAGCUGCGUGCAUCACACUAAGCUAUCUGUAAUGGGGGACCAUACACUAUUCUUCCGUCUUUUCCAACCUUCAUCUCCCGAAUCUGCACCUUCGUUGGCUUUUUUAUUUCACUUCUUUGUUUCGCUCUCGUUGCUGCAAAGUGCUUCGAGUCGUGGGAUGUCAAGUGUGGCGGAAAACCUGCUGAAUCAGAUUCAAGGCGGCCGCAAUCAUUUUGGGGUUUAAAGUAUAUUUGAAGCAAUUUUCGGAGAGUUAGUUUCCCUUUGGAAUCAUAAUCCAAAGUCAAUAGCUUUUUUUCAGUAGUAUACACUUUUAUUGCUAUAGAAAAAUAAACGAUUCCUGGAGGAGCAUCCCUCUUCUUUUAACACUAAUCAAAAGAAAAUUCUCAUGAAUGCAGGGGAAUGGCUCUUUCAUUUGAGGAGGUUCUCAUAAAAUUAAGAAUCUCUUCUGGAAACAUUGUCCAGAAACUUGGAGAAAACCGUAGUUUAAGAUGAAGAUGUAAAAGAAAAUACUCUGGAAGCACAAAAGUACGUUAAAUCAGACCUAACUAGAUUUGUACUAAUUAAGUACCCGACUUAGGUUGAAGAUGCAACGUGACAAAUCGGUAUUGAUUAAAGCUGACCUUGGAUUGAUAUUAAUCAGGUUUUCAAUAACCUAAACCUGAUUUUUUUAUUCCUUUCUAAGACGGUCAAAAAGUGGAGCAAGCGCGCAAGAAAAAUUUCUCAGAGUUCAGUGAAGUCAGCGGUUUGCCAAGAAACAAGCUUCAUGUAUUCUGCCAUUGUUUGCCACCUUUGUUACCUAGACCUAGUCUUGGUUAGAGAACCUGCUGACUUAAUUAGAGUCACAUCAGAGGCCUGAAAAUAAUCGUGUAGAGAACAGGCAGCCAUUCAUAGCACUAUCCCACUUAAACAUGACUGUUUUUGUGUGUGUCUAACUAUUGAGAAAAAAAUCUAGUGCCAGUUUUCUGGGUUUCAACAUGGGAGUUGUUCAUAUCGUAUUGCCUGCGUUAAUUACUUUUAUAAGUAGCUGAUCAGAUUUUCCCUGAUCAAUCUUAACUGGAGAUUACCCAGGAGAAGAUUUCGAACUUUUAAGUCUCUAGCAUAAACUCUGAAACAUAUUUUGAAGUUGGCCGAAGCCAAAAAAGUUUUCUGAAAAGUCAUUUAAUAUCUAUGGAGAAUUUAAAUUUUUUUUCGACUACUCAUGGCAUAUUACCCCCUGAGAUAACACCCCACCGCUUUGGACCACAUGUUAGGUGUAACAGUGCGUGAAAUAUUCCGUCCUUAUAGAGGACACGGUGAUGAACAAGACUUUGCUGGGAAAAGUAGAUGACCUGUUAUGCUAUGACUGCCUGCUUUUCAGUGAUUCAAACGAAUACCGCCCACGUGAUAACACAAACAGAAAAAUUUUACAAGGAAGGGGGAAUGUGUCCACACAUCAAACAGAUUCCCUCAUGGGAGUCAGUCUAGCACAGGAGACAGGUCAUUAUGGUGCAGUUGAAAUUAAACCAAUUGUAACUUAUUACAAAGCUUUUCCGUUGUUCAUUUGUUUAUGUUUUGUGUUUACUGAGCGUAAGAUUUAUAUGGAUAACACUAAGCCAACCUGUUUGAAUAUGAUAUGUUUUCUGCUGCCGGUACAAACUGACCGAGAGUUUGGUCCGCGAAGCUAGAAUCGUCAUCGCUUCGACCUGUGGGAUGAAAAUCAAGUUGCUUCUGAUGAAUCCGAUUUUCCCGCCCUUUUCGCGGUGGUAAACGUUUUCGAAAGUGAGGCUUUUCUGUAAUUAGCGAGUAAAAUCAGAGGAUUAUGAUAAAAAAUUCAUGAGAGUGAAAUAGCUUCCUUUCUCGAUUUCAAGUUGACGUAAUUAUGAUUCUUGGAACGUUCAGGUUUUAACUUCAUUUUGUAUCAGACAGACGAUGGAGGAAACAGAUUUUCUGCCAUAGACUUUAGGUGAGUUAUCAUAUGUCUCAACCAGCGUUUAUUGAUCAAAAUGAUGUUUAAAAAUAGUCAUCGAUCUUUUCACGACUGGUUCUUCUUGUCUUGUGGUCUUGAUUGUUGUCAGCCCUAAACCAGAACGAUUGUCCUCUUAGUAUCAGCCUCGGAUGAAACACUCAAAGUAAGAAAUAGCAAAUAAUAGAAAAUAACGUAUGUGAUAUUUGUAACUCCCUAAGUGUAUAUUCCUUCCUCUUCAACAAAAUGAUUCCUAGCAUUAGGUUUGUGUUUACUUUGAGCUACGUAAAUGGUUGCAAAAUAAAUUAUACCCGAAAAUAUAUUUAGACAACCAAAAGGAUCGGUAGAGAGCAAGCUUAAUUUAGAUUCGCUUUCACUUUGCUCUGUUCAUAGAGAUGUAGGUAUGUAUCAUCACGUCAUUAGUCUGGUUCACGAAGACGAAACGAAAUAACCAACAACAAUUUCAUAAUAUCAUUUUGACGUUCGGUCGUUCUUUCAAGACAUCGGAAGUCAAUAAGUACUAGUCCACGUAAAUAACUUGCAGCUAGAUUUUAUAAGGUAUACAACUGUUGUUAUAUCAUUGCACGGGUUAUGGCCUUGACUUUUUCUAGGUUAUCAACCGGGUCAAGUAUUCAUUUGUGCAAAAUAAGUGUUUGUUUGUUUCUUUGCUUAGGUGCAUGUGUAGAGCAAUAGGGAGUAACCUUCGAUUUAAAAGGUCUCGAAUUACUCUCGAGAGAUGGAAAAUUCUUAUAUAGAACUUUGUAUCACAUAGCGUGACUAUAUCCUUAACUGCGCUUCAAUUUGUUUAUAUUUGCAAUUUGAUGAAUUGACUUGAUGUCACGGUAUUUGACACGCAAAGAGUUGUCGUAUGUUUAAAUCGCAAAUAGACUACAAAUCCUGAAGAGUAGAGAUACAAAGUUCAAUAAGCCAUGACAAGCUUAAAAACUUUGAAACAGUAUUACUGUUCUUCAGCUUUAUGGUAUUUUCAUAGAUGAAGUGGUUAAAUUAUUUAUAUGAAUACGACAAGAAAAACAGUUUUUGUAACAAAUAGCUCCUGUCGUGCCGGCAAGCACGCAGUCGCACACUGUCAUAUAUCACCUCCUUACAACGUACCCAUCUAUUCAACUUGUAGCACUUGAAUGUGACAGUCCAUCUAGCUUGAAGAAUAUAUCAACAAGACGACAAUUAACUCUCUUGAAAGCUUUUAAGAGACACAAACUUAGCUCGUUCAAGGUCCUAAAUUCAAAAUACAAUCUCUUGAAACGCUGCCGGGGGUCGAUUAACCUCAGAAACAGGCUCUUCAUAACCUUACCGCUACUGGUGCUAAAGUCCUCAGGAUUUUCAGUGUGUCUUACCGGACUAAUCUAUUCUUCUCUCUUUUCUUUUGUGCUUUGUAGGGUUUCAAGAAAUUUAAAAACGAAGGAUCAAGGGCAAUACCUGCCAGAUUCGAGGAUUCGAAAUGCUUCAUUAUAUUUUGUGCCCGCUCUAUCUGAUGUUACUCAAGUCUUUAACUAGAGGUCAAGGUAUGUGCCUUUGUAACCACUUAGUUAACACGCUCUAGGUAGUCUGACACCGUCGAUACUGUCCAAACGAAUUUCUGCAAACAACGCUCAUUUCGGGGCUUUGAGGUGAAAAAAAAAUUAUUUUUUCUGAUAGAAAACUUUGAAGGAUAUUAUUUUGUUGGUCAGUUAUUUACAUUGUUUUCAAAUCCCCGCAUGAAUUUUGUACGAAAAUUCCUGCUGCUUUGCGAAAUAUCAGGCGGGCUCUCAGGUUCCCAUUCGUGGCAUAAAUCCAACAGAAAAGACCUUUUUCUUAACAUGCUACAGAUCUGACUUCUAUUCUGGCUUUGAUGUCUAGAGUGACAAAUUUUGUUGACAAAUGUUUUUAGAGGUAUCAAACUAUUUUCCCCUUUCUUGCUGAUUUAUAUUUAAAACUUAAUUCCCAAGGAAAGAACGUAAUCUAUGUCAUUCAAGCAAUUGUUUUUCAUUAAGGAUAAGCUUUUGAGGGCAGGAGGUAUUCAGUUUAACGAUUUUAUUUGCAACGCCGCAGUUUUCCAAAUGUUCCUCAUGGACCAAAAAGGUGAAAACGCGCAAGUCCUGGACACCGUCAAGUUGCCUACGUGUACUCAUUUGGACAUAAAACAUGACGUCACUUUACGUGGUGGAAUAAAAUCCGGGAACUUUACCAAACUUGGUUACCUAAGGGACAUGCAGACAUGUAUUGAUGCGUGUUGUCAGGACCAAAAGUGUGACGUGGCUUUCAUGCCGGGUCACGUGUGCUAUUCAGUGAGCUGUUUUAAUGAAAAACUCUGCGAAAGUAUUCCUGCCGUGCCAUCCACUGCAGCCAAUAAGAGCGUAAGGAUAUCUCACGUGGUUCGAGGCGGGGGCAAAGGGGAUGAUUUGGAACAGUUUAAGAAAACACAAGGGAUGGCAAAAUACAGUAUGUACGCCCUUUUGUUUCGCAAGUAUUGUUAAGUGCAUCAUUAAAGUCCUGGAGGCGAAGCAAAAUCAAAUCCAAAUAAAAGCACGCACGCAUUCUAACGACCCUAGCGCUCGUCGGAGUGGCAUGCUCAAGUAAAGUAUUCUUGUUGUAGGUACAGUUUGAAUCGAAACUAUGCGUUGAAUAAGUUAUUUUUUAGAAGAGUUAAUUUUCUUAUAAUGUGGUCAUAUUUGUUCGUUGAAGAACGAAGCAACCUACAGCGCGGAAACAUUUGUCAGAGGUUUUGACCAAUUUGUGCGAAAGGGUUCGAUAAAUCAGUGUUUACUACGUUGUUUUAAAUUAGCCUGCUAGCCCUACUUAGUCGCUCAGUUGAAUUUUAAUGUUAACAAACAUUGCUAUGUAAACAAAACAAGAAAAAAAGAGCCAUACGCACGACGUUAAACAGAAUAAAGCCAGGAUUUCGAAUGUAAGGCCAAUGUCUUUUAUGCUGCUGCAGUCGUACAGCCUUAAUCGUCUGUAUUCAUAGAUCAUGCAUUUAGAACACGACCAUGGUUAAUAUUUCGUACUUUUCUUUUGAUAUAACAGCCCACAACUUAAAAGACAUGUGCAUACCUAGCAGAAUUAUGGCCAAACACACCUUAAAGGGAGGAAGGACAGCUGGAGAAGUAAAAGAACUUGGAAUUGUUGAAAGUGCCGAGGACUGUAUCGAUAAAUGUUGUGCAGAAAAAAAUUGCGAAGUUGCUUUCCUGGUGAAUGACACAUGUCACUCUGUAGAGUGUUAUGGCGAUGAACUUUGUCAGAGUGUCCCCAUGGAAGAUGAACAUAUCUCUCCAACUAUUAUCUACAUGAACACGAGAAAUGGCAAGAGAUCUAAGGAUAAAGGUAUUUUUUUAAAAAUAAAAUCGUUUAACUGAGUUAUAUCCUAAGAUUGUUGGAGGAGAAAUUUUGGACAAACCUUUUUCGAUUAUUGAAGCUUUACCUCAGUUUCUUUGAGUCUCAUUUGUUUCGUUUCUCAGGCACUUGUGAUUCUCCGUGCGUAUCGGGAGUUUGUACAGCUAAAGACAAGUGCAUCUGUGACCGAGGAUUUGAUGGAACAAACUGCAAUGAUACUGCUAUCACAGGUGAACUGAUAGUAUAAGUAAAGUAAUGGCCAAAAGAAAAACGAGCGAGAAAAAAGAUGCGACGUCCUUUCCCCUUGGUGCUUCAGGUACCAAGGAUGCCAAUUAUACUCUUACAGAAAUAGCUCCUAGAGUUCCAGAGUACCCGAUACCUCAUUAAUUGUCGGGAAAACUUGACAGAACGUACACAUGGCACUUUACAAAAGCCAAGGAACCCCUUAACUAAAUAACGAAUUGACAAAGAGAUAAAACAACAGACACAGUCAAAAAAGACAAGAGCAAAGACCCAGUUUUUAACAAGCUCGGCAUAAGAGUUUUAAAAGUAAAUUAGGCGCUUAGGAUGGCAGCUCUGUGCUUGGUUUCCCAUGCGUUUGUUAGACGACUCGCAAAGUGCUUGACUUAACAAGUCAACUACCGUAUAAAUAAAGGGGGUAAGUUUCAAAAGAAAAGGUGCUGCGUUGGUGGGAUAGUAUAACAAGGUAAUUUGGUAUCAUCAACGUCAGCUUGGAAAGUCUUAACAGUGGCCAAUUUAUGUUAUCAACUUAGUUGAUAGUACUAAUACCAAAUUACCAACUAUCAUAUAGUCUUUGUUUUGAUGUGAACUUCCUUUAACGUGACCCUUUUAUGAAUGGCUAAUAUGCAGACCUCAAAAUUUUAUAUCAGGUUUCUGUGGUUUACCCGGCUGUGGAGAAUAUGGUAAAUGUUCCUUUAACGACACAUGCGUCUGUGAGCCUGGAUAUUUUGGGCACCUCUGCGAUAAAACACGUAAGUACAUCAUGCUUUCUUUUUUUUCCUUUUUUUUUUCUUUAAAGAUGUUAUCAGCGACUGGAACUUAUCACAAUUAAUGGCCCAUCACAAAUUUCUCGACGGUAGUUUGUUUUGUAUGAGAGUCAGGAAUUUACUGGGAACGCCACAGAGAACAAAGAUGAACAGUCGAAAUCCAGAAAUUUCAUCACACCAGUGGUUCCAAGACAAGCAAAAGGUCACAUCAGGUUUAAAAUUCCAAAGCAUCUAGGUGAUAAUACAUUCCUAACCUAUAUUUUACAGUUACAUGUGACCCACCAUGUCAAAAUGGAAGAUGCCUUGAUAAUUCAACCAAUUCAACGAAAUGUUAUUGUGAGAUUGGAUGGGAAGGGCGCUUUUGCAACAAAACGAAUGGAGGUGAGCAAAAGACAACUCAAGUCCAACUGAAUGCUCCCGGUCCUGUUUUGAUCGUGGGCCCUAAAUAGGGAACAGCAUAGUUGUUAAGUUUCUCACUUUUUUCCUUUGUUAAACUGAGAUAAUUGUCCUGCAUAUGUGAAGAAUCUGGCAACAAGUAUAGGCUGUAACGAUUCAUUCAUCUAAGUAACUAAAAAGACUAUGCAACAUCAAAGUAAUAGCUGUGUGAUAAUUUUCUCUUUGGCAUUCUUAGAUAGGAAAAUUUAUUCAACUUCAGGAGGAGAAGUAUUGUUUACAAAAAUGGACCAAGAGGCAGAAAUGGAUAUCAAGGUAUUAUGUCUCUCCAUCGAUUUUUCAUCUUCAUCUUGGAAAAAUCUUUAUCACACGUCCAUGUAGUUGAAAUUCGUUGCUUCCGCUAUGUUUCUUUAUAUAUCCAUUCUAUUUAAAACAAAUGUUACCACUCCUGCGAGUUUUCAUUACACCUAUUCAUGUCUAGUGAAAUCAUUUUAAUAAUUGUUAUGAUGCUGCUAAACGAAGUUAGAAUGCAUUAAGUUGGCUUCUCAGCUUUACGACACGUUCCUAAAAGCCACUUGAUUUUGAUGUUGUUUUAGAUUCACCAGAUUCCUUCCAAAGGUGCUGAAUCCAUCUCGGCCCUCGCUGUUGCCAUUGGUUGCGGAGUGGCAGCAGCAAUUGUUGGAACAGCCACAGUGGCCUUUAUCGCACGCAAAAUAUUGGGUAAAAAAUCCACAAAUUAUGAACUUCUUAGAUCGCCUAUCAGACACAAGACGUAACGGGAAUCUUAGGCCUUUUUAGAGGUGUCUUAUGUAAACAUCAAUAUAUCGUUAAGUUCAGAAAUCAUUGACAAAAGCGAAGGAUUCACCACAACAGAAAACAAAAUAUGUGGCACUCCAAGCUGUGAGCUGUAGUUCAAUUCAAUCUAAUAUGCUGAUUCAAAGGAGAGCUCUAAGAGUACGUUUUUCACUCCUGUUUAGUGAAUUAUUAUUUAGCUUCAAAAGUAAAACAUUUAGAAAGAACAGCCAAAAUUAUCAGUUUUGUCCAUACAUCAACUAUGGUCCAUUUUAUGCCUUAUAAGAAAUCAAUUUAGGCUCUUUUAUCACCAGAAGGAUUCCACUUCGCUACUUUUUUUGAAAGAUACAGUGAACGAAAAGCAUAAAAUAUGUACAUGUCAGAGACCUGUAUUUUCGCAGACAGGAAUUAUCUUGAACGUGCCCAUGACUGACGUUUGUGGUACAGUUUCAAUAUGAUGCACCUCUAAAGUUAUCAUUACAUUAGUGUCUGACAAAGGUGGGAAGUCGCCUAAUUCCAAAGUCAACAUGUGUUUUACAACCUUCGUUUUUCUAAAUGGAGCACAAUUAUAACUUUUUGAUAAGACACACUAUAAUACUGAUAAGUGUAAUUAUUAGAGCUUCUAGAUAAGCAGACUUGGCUCAGAGAAGAUUUUAUCCCCCAGUUAUUUUGAAUAAAUGCUUUCUUAUGAUGAUUACAAAUUUUAGAGGAAUCUAUUUAGACUUCUUUCUUAUUUAUUUCUGACACAAAAAUAAACUAGUGUAACUGUCGUAGAAAACCUUUAUCUUGAAUAAUUUUUCUCAUUUUUCAAAACCAAAACUAAAACUUUUUGCGGGAUACUGUGAUGGUUGUCAUGGAAACGGCUGACUCAAGGAUUGGCAUGUCUAGGUAAUAAGGACAUUUCAGAAGAGGUAUUCAGUAAAAUGAUUAAAAAUGUCUUAAAUUCGGCCUUAAUCUUGUGGAAGGUUCAGUUGGUUUACAUCGAUUGUACCUUUGAACAAAGAAUAUUCUAAUGAAAACAAAAAACAUCCAUGAUAUUCAGUUACACUGGUUUAUCUUGAUAGAUACGGUUAACCAUUCAACUAUUAUGAUCGCAGCAAUAAAGAAUAAGAGAUUAGAAAAACAUUUAAAUUCAUUCAAGAAACUAUGUAGAUAUUUGAUAAAACUCAGCGAGAAAAGUAGGAUAAAAUUCCACUUGGAGUAUUACUGUGUAAAUAAAGAGGA